AGACCCCUCGGUGACCAGUUUAGUUCUGCUUGGCAUUCGAACCGCGUCAGAGAUUAGGUGACAGAAGACAAGCUAGGACUCGCGCACACUUCUCGAUCUAGGAUCCGUUCGGAGCAUGGUUCCUGGAGAUCGAUCGUGAUUGACAGUUCGCGAUCACGCGGCAGUAAAGUGUCUGUGAGCUAGUUACCGCGGACUCACUAAGCGUCGAUCAAGCGCUAAUUAUUUAUUCUUUUCUCUCGGGAAGCUGUCGCAAACUGUCGAAUGUCAGCUGAUCGAGUCAAAGUGGAAGAAGACAGUGUUUGCGCAAAAUCGACACGAGGACGUCGCUGAACGGAUAUCAUAUUUCUCUUCCGUGUUCUAUCAGAGAGCAUCAAAGAUGACCACGGUCGUGCUGCGAUCGUUACGGCACACGCAACACGUGCACUCCGUUUAAAUCAACAAACGUCAGGCGGCUACGUAAAAACGAGUUGCAUACAUUGACGAGGGGGAAACGAGGAAACUGCAGGAACUCUCUUCUCCCCCUCCCUCUCCCUAUACCCCUCUCUUUCUCUCUGUUUCUCUCUCGUUAACACGGAACACGGUGUACACUUGCCGUAAAUGACACUUGUGAAAUCAACGCACACAUUUUCACCGCUUCGAGCGAGCAACUGUAGAAAAGAAGGUCGUUGACAGCUAACGCGGUGUGAUAAAUGUACGACUGCAUCCUUCGGUGUUUCCUUUGCUACCGCGAGUGUUUUUUCUAAAAGGAACACUCCAUUUCUCGCUUUCGCCUCGGUUCGCGGCCCGAUUUAUACGCUUGUCACGCGUGAAAAUCAAAUUCUCGCGUCCCCGAUUUCGCGGCUCGUGGCUCGUUAAUUUGGCGAGGAACACUGGAAACCGUCACAAAGAAUCACAAGAAACAGAUAUGAGGUCGGCCGGUCGUCACACGAUCUAAGAAUAUCGCGCGAGUGGAUCGUUGAACUUCGCUUCCUUUCUUUCCACGUGUCCACCGGCCGCAGAGAGAAAUAAAUCAGCAACUUUCACCAAACGCCCGUCGACAACAGUAACUCGCGAAACAUGCUGGAAGACACGACGUCUGACGAAGAGGGAUCGCAGGAGGACUCGCCGCGAUAUGACAUUGACAAUCUGGAAAUCAUCAAAACCAUAGGUACCGGCACCUUUGGCAGAGUGGUGCUAUGCAGGCAUCAAGGUACUCCUCUGGCCUUAAAAAUCCUCUCAAUGGUAGACGUGAUCAGAUUGAAGCAAGUGGAACACGCACGGAACGAGAUCACCGUGUUGAAAGAGGUCAACCAUCCCUUCAUCGUGAACAUCUUGGUUUCAGGCUCUGGAGCGGAAGGGACGAGGCGAGAGUGUACAUGUUGUUAGAAUUCGUCGCCGGUGGCGAGCUUUUCUCUUAUUUGAGAUCAGCUGGCCGAUUUUCCGGGCCCACCAGCUGCUUCUACGCGGCAGAAAUUGUUUGUGCCUUGGAAUACUUACACAGCAAACACAUAGUUUAUAGAGACUUGAAGCCUGAAAACCUUUUGUUGGAUAGUCAGGGACACCUGAAGAUCACAGACUUCGGUUUCUCCAAGAAGCUCACAGACAGGACAUGGACUUUAUGCGGAACGCCCGAGUAUUUGGCGCCAGAAAUAAUUCAGAGCAAAGGGCACAAUAAGGCUGUAGACUGGUGGGCGCUCGGUGUUCUCAUUUACGAAAUGUUGGCUGGCUUUCCACCAUUUUUUGACGACAAUCCCUUUGGCAUCUACGAGAAGAUAUUAAGCGGCAGGAUAGAAUGGCCAAAGCAUAUGGAUCCGAUUGCCAAGGAUCUGAUCAAGAAGCUUCUGAUCGCAGAUCGAACGAAGAGGCUAGGGAACAUGAGACAGGGUGCUGAUGACGUGAAGAGACAUCGUUGGUUCAAAUUAGUCGAAUGGCCAUUGGUGCCGCAGAGAGCUCUAACACCGCCAAUAAGACCACAAGUGACAGCACCAGGUGAUCCAAGCUGUUUCGACGAUUAUCCGGAGAUCGACUGGCGAUCCCAGCCUCCCUUGCCUCCGGAACAACUGGCUCUCUUUCAAGAUUUCUGAAAGAAACGUCAUGGACAGUCGUUCGAACGUUCGAAUCGUGCCAGGCAUUCAUUGAUUCAAAUUCGUUCGAGGAACUUCCUUGUCGAGAUUUAGGAUCGUCGAGUUAACAGCACUGUGAUGUGUAUAAAGUUUCGCUCACGUUUCAAGCGAUAGUACCUCCUUAUUUUGUACAUAGCAGUCUCGUUUUGUAUCAUCUCAUUGUGCAUCUCGUUUAUUUAUUUGUACCGUAGAGAGUAUAUUAGGCAUUUUUGUUCAUUGUUUUAUAUUGUAAAUAAAACGGAAGGUAUGAAAAGGAAAGAAAAGUGUAACGCGAUGGAAAAAGAGUAGCAGUCUCGAAACAAAUGCAUCUCAUGGGAUGAAAUCAUUCACGAAUGUGUGUUAUUCUAAUACGAAUAACAGAAACAAUUAUAAUUUUGUAAGAUGCUACGUGUAAAAUAUUGUAAUGACGUAUCGUGCAACAAAAGAGAAUUAAAUCAUGAAUUUUUUAAAUUUCAA